AUGGUUUACCCAACAUAUGGUGGUACAAAUAAUUCAAAUUCAAUGUCAGGUGAUCAAAAUCGAAAAAUAUUUCUUGGUGGUUUAAGUUAUCAUACUACCGAUGAAACAUUACGUGCAUUUUGUUCACGUUUCGGUAAAAUAACUGAUUGUCUUGUUAUGAGAAAUCCUGAAGGAAAAUCGCGUGGCUUUGGUUUUGUUACUUAUGAAGAUACAUCAUCUGUCGAAGACUUUAUGCGUUCACGACCACAUACAAUUGACAAUCGUCAAAUUGAUCCAAAAAGAGCAAUGCCACGUGAAGAACAAAAUAGUUCUGAAGCACAUUUAACUGUUAAAAAGUUAUUUGUUGCUGGCUUACGUGAAGGUAUUAAUGAAGAUAAUCUUCGACAAUAUUUUUCACGUUUUGGAAAUAUUGUUGAAGUUCUUGUAAUGAAAGAUCGUGAUGGAAAACCUCGUGGUUUUGCAUUUGUUACAUUUGAUGAUUAUGAUGCUGUUGAUAAAGCUGUUUUAGAAAAACCACAUAUUAUCAAUGGUCGAAAUUUAGAUGUUAAAAAAGCUGUACCAAAAGAAAAAAUGCAAGAAGAAUCUGGAACAAAUUCACCUGGCGGUGGAACUGGCAUGCCAUCAUUUAAUCGUAAUAAUCCUUCAAAUUAUUCCGGAACUAAUCCUGGUCCACCACCACCACCACCUUCAUCAGGUCGAAAUAGUUUUGGACCAAUGCGUGAUAAUUAUAAUGCGCCUAGUGGUACUUGGGAUAAUCAAGCUGGUAUGUCACGUAUGAAUAAUCAAAAUCAAAAUUAUAAUCAACCAUCAACAUCAUCAUAUGGUCAACAAGGUGGAUAUAAUACAAAUGCAUCUGGUUUUAAUCCACCAAUGCCGCCAACAAAUGCCUAUCCACAAUCAUUUAAUCCUAUGGGUCAAAAUCAACCGCCACCACCACCACCGCCACCACUUCCACAACAACCAUCUAUGAUGAGUUAUGAUAUGUAUAAUAAUACUUCAAAUAUGCCAUAUAAUAAUAAUCCAAAUCAAGCACCUACUUCAAAUUAUAUGCAACCACCACCAUUAUCUUAUGGACAAAAUCAACAACAAGGUUUUGGCAAUAAUCCAAAUAAUUUUGGUGGAAUGAAUGAUCCGUUUAAUUUGCCACAACCACCAUCAACCAGUAGUCGAGGUUAUAAUAAUACAUCAUCAACAACAGCACCAUUUGAUAAUUCAAAUUCAUAUGGUAUUACCUCACAAAGUUAUGGUAGUGGAAAUUAUAAUAAUAUGCCUCAACAACAAUCUCGUGGUGGUGGUCCAAUGCGUGGAGGACGAGGCGGUGGAAGUAGUGGUAAUUAUGGUGGUUCGUCAGGUGGCGAUACUGGUUAUAGUAACCGUUCGGCACCUUAUCCAUCACGUGGUGGUCGUGGCGGACGUGGUGGUGGUCGUGGCCGUGGUCGUGGACAAUAA